GACACAUAAAAAUAAACAUCACUCGUGCUUUCGUUGCUUUGCAUGAGACAGUUCUAAUCUAAAGUGACAGAUAGUAACAUCAUGGCGAUGGCCUUCGGCUUCAGUUUUAAUUUAGUGUUGUUUAUUUUCGGUAACCUGAUGCCAAGUGUCAUGUGCCGAGCUGUGCACGGUGGACGCUUCAAUCGAGAAGGCGCAAUUCAUCUAAAUAGUGCUCAGUUUCCUUUAGAGUUCAACUCUUCCAAUGAACGUUGGCUAGACAAAUCGCAUGAGCUGAUCCUGGAAUCGUACGAUGUAGCUCACUGGAAUGGAAGUCUAUUUCAAACGUUUGCUCGUACAAAAUUUCUAACCUUAAUGUACGGAAAUGUGCCUCAAAUGACAUUUUUUUCUGAGUGCUUGGAAUCCCUCUCGGUUAUACAAGCGAAUUUGACCUACUUUGAGGUGGUUGCAGAAGAAAACCAAGAGCUUCGAAUAUUGCAAUUAGUUAGAAACAGACUGCAUACGCUUUCCACUACAAUGAAGUUCCUGGUUGGACUGACUACUUUAGAUGUGUCACAAAACCAUUUGACACACAUUGACUUGGAUUUGUUUUCUACUAUGAAGAGAUUGAAAAAUUUAGAUGUGUCGGUAAACAAAAUCACUUCGAUUGAUGCAUCUGCGGAUUUACGCUUCGCCAAACUGAAAAACCUUUGGAUUAGCUACAACCAACUUGAGCGAUUUGAUGGUUUUCCGAGUUCCUUUCCGGUUCUAGAAACGGUACGGCUAAUCGGAAACCUAUGGAGUUGUGCUUGGGUAGCUCGUGCACGGAAGGAUAUUAUGGAUCGAAGAAUUGUCGCGUAUGGCGUUGAUUAUGGUUGCAGUGAACAUCGCCAGGGAGGACUGUGCUGCUUCGGAUCGACGGUUCACACAACCGCGGGCAGUCUGUUAACGGAAACGCCGCUGUUUGAAGCGAUACAGCAGCUGACGAAUGAACUGCGGGCAAAUCCAUUGAAUAUAUCCUCCGGAGAACAGUCGUUGGAGCUGCUAACAAAAGAUGCCAAGAGCCGCGAAGGAAAGAUUUUGGUUGGAGUUCGGCGGGAUAAAGUGGAAGUUUUUUUUUAGUUUUCUGCAGUGAAUGUUGGGUAGUUGAACUCAAUCCGAUUUAAAUGCCACCAUAAGUUAUUUAUUAGUAAUGGUGAGAAUCUAGAAUAUCACAUUUUAAUGUAAAAGUAAAGAUUCGAUUAUGAGAACUUCUAGUUUAAGGUAAAAAAAAAUCGUAAAACAGCCAAGAGCGGUGUGCCUUCGUGUAUCCAUUAACUUAUUGGUUUGUGAAACAAGUGCAAUCGGGCUACUUGUUACCCAAAAAGAAUAUUUUUUCUUUAAAACAGCAAGUGCAUUGAAACACGUAACACAACUAGUGUAAAAUACUAAAAUUUUCAUCUCAGUUUGCGAGAACAAAUGUAAAUAUAUAAACUUUUGUGCAAUAAAUUUUCU